AGCAUUGUUAAAUAGUCCUAUGAUUUAUUUAAUGUAAUACAAAAUCCCGGGGAUAAAGGCAUAUUAAAGUGGUACAACUGUAAUGAUGUGUAAUUUUGUACCCUCUUGAGUCAAAGUCGUCGCCUUGAUCUCUCUUCUCACAAAGUCUCUCCCUCUCUUCUUACAAACUCUCUCCCUCCCUCUCUUCAAUUCUGAACUACAACAAUGGAGUCUCUCUUCUCCGCUAUGAUUGUCCUGCUCUUGGUUUCCUUUUCUUGUUUGACUUAUUCAGAAGCUCGCUCCAGCAACAACGGACACAUCACAGUCAAAUGGGAUCUCAUGAGCUGGACGCCUGAUGGCUACGUUGCAGUGGUUACAGCCUACAAUUACCAGAAACAACGUUCGGUUCCAGGAUGGACAAUGAGCUGGAGAUGGACCCGGAAAGAAGUGAUCUGGAGCAUGAUUGGUGCACAAACCACAGAGCAAGGAGAUUGUUCCCAGUACAAAGGAAACAUCCCACAUUCCUGCAUUCGUAAGCCAACAGUUGUCGAUUUGCUUCCCGGAACUCCUUACAAUCAGCAGAUCGCUAAUUGCUGCAAAAGCGGUGUCUUGAAACCCGGUUUAGAAAGUUCAUUCCAGUUAGCCGUUGGUGCAGCUGGUACUUCAAAAAAAACUGCUCGGAUGCCGGUAAACUUCAUGUUCUCGGCACCUAAACAACAGUACAUCUGUGGACCGACUAAGAACGUUCGAUCAACCAAGUUUAUAACUGCAGACGGCAGGAGAAUAACUUCAGCCAUGGCGACCUGGAACAUUACUUGCGUUUUUCACAAGGCAAUAUGAAUAACAGAACUCUUCAAAAUAAUAUCUUAUAAGCAAAUCUGUCUCCAGAAUUUCUAUACUUUCGUAGUAUCAUGUAUGCUUUAAGUUUUAAGAAAAUAAAAACACUACUUUGAUUCA